AUGGAUACUGGAACUACCUGUAUAGAUGGUGGAACUACCUGUAUAGAUGGUGGAACUACCUGUAUAGAUUGUGGAACUACCUGUAUAGAUGGUGGAACUACCUGUAUAGAUGGUGGAACUACCUGUAUAGAUGGUGGAACUACCUGUAAAGAUGGUGGAACUACCUGUAUAGAUGGUGGAACUACCUGUAUAGAUGGUGGAACUACCUGUAUAGAUGGUGGAACUACCUGUAUAGAUGGUGGAACUACCUGUAUAGAUGGUGGAACUACCUGUAUAGAUGGUGGAACUACCUGUAUAGAUGGUGGAACUACCUGUAUAGAUGGUGGAACUACCUGUAUAGAUGGUGGAACUACCUGUAUAGAUGGUGGAACUACCUGUAUAGAUGGUGGAACUACCUGUAUAGAUGGUGGAACUACCUGUAUAGAUGGUGGAACUACCUGUAUAGAUGGUGGAACUACCUGA